AUGGGCCAAUGCUGCACAAACGGAGCCGGGCAGGCUGCCGCUGCCGACGCGGCGGCCGAGGCAGAGCCGCCGGCGCCCCCGAAGACGCCGCGCGGGGACAACGCACCGACCAACGAUGGCCCGGCUCCUGCUCCUGGCGCCGCCGAGGCCGAGCCCGCCUCCCCGGCAACCAAGGCGGACCCCAAUGCCAAGCCGCCGGCCCCCGUGGGCGAGGUGCUCGGGCGGCCCAUGGAGGACGUGCGCGCGACCUACACCAUCGGCGACGAGCUCGGGCGCGGCCAGUUCGGCGUGACCUACCUGUGCACCCACACGGAGACGGGGGAGAAGCUGGCGUGCAAGACGAUCGCGAAGCGGAAGCUGUCGGGCGCGGAGGACGUGGAGGACGUCCGGCGGGAGGUGGAGAUCAUGCGCCACCUCUCCGGCCAGCCCAACAUCGUGGACCUCCGCGGCGCCUACGAGGACAAGCACAACGUGCACCUGGUGAUGGAGCUGUGCGCCGGCGGGGAGCUCUUCGACCGGAUCAUCGCCAAGGGGCACUACACGGAGCGCGCCGCCGCCUCGCUGCUCCGGUCGGUGGUCGGGACCGUGCACACCUUCCACUCCAUGGGGGUGAUGCACCGGGACCUCAAGCCGGAGAACUUCCUUAUGCUCAACCGGGACGAGUCGUCGCCCAUCAAGGCCACCGACUUCGGCCUCUCCGUCUUCUUCAAAGAAGGCGAGGUGUUCAAGGACAUCGUCGGCAGCGCCUACUACAUCGCCCCGGAGGUGCUCAAGCGCAAGUACGGGCACGAGGCCGACGUCUGGAGCAUGGGCGUCAUGCUCUACAUCUUCCUCUCCGGCGUCCCUCCCUUCUGGGCGGAGAAUGAGAACGCCAUCUUCACCGCCAUUCUGCGCGGUGAAAUCGACUUCGUCAGCGAGCCGUGGCCCAACAUCUCCCCCGGAGCCAAGGAUCUUAUCAGGAAGAUGCUCCAUAUCAACCCCAAGGACAGGCUUACGGCCACCCAAGUCCUCGACCACCCAUGGAUCAAGGAAGACGGAGACGCCCCCGACACGCCGCUCGACAACGUCGUUCUGGACAGGAUGAAGCAGUUCGUGGCCAUGAACCAGUUCAAGAAAGCCGCACUGAGAGUCAUUGCCGGGUGCCUGUCAGAGGAGGAGAUCAAGGGGCUCAAGGAGAUGUUCAAGAGCAUCGACAAGGACAACAGCGGCACCAUCACCCUCGAAGAGCUCAAGAACGGGCUGGCCAAGCAGGGCAACAAGUUUUCGGACCAUGAAAUUCAGCAACUGAUGGAAGCAGCCGAUGCCGACGGCAAUGGAUUGAUCGACUACGAGGAGUUCGUCACCGCGACGGUGCACAUGAACAGAAUGGACAGGGAAGAGCACCUCUACACCGCGUUCCAAUACUUCGACAAGGACAACAGUGGGUACAUCACAAAAGAAGAGCUGGAGCAGGCCUUACAAGAGCAGAAGUUGUUCGACGCCGAGGAAUUCAAGGAUGUCAUUGCCGAAGCCGAUUCCGACAACGAUGGGAGGAUAGACUAUUCAGAGUUCGUGGCGAUGAUGAGGAAAGGAACGGGCGGUGCGGAGCCAUCGAACCCGAAGAAGAGGCGAGACCUAGUCCUAUAGUGAAGCGUUGCUACGGUGUGUAUGUCAACAAAGUGCAGAGCUGUAACUGUAAUGUGCAUGCUGCUUUCUUUUGGGAACAAAUCCACAUGAAAUUUGAAAGGCUUACAUUGAAAGCGGUUCAAUUCCUGUAGGGUUGGGGGGAAAAGGAAUUUGUGUUCCGAAA